AUGCAAGCAAUACGAUCAGACUCUGCCGAUGUUAGUGCCGGCCUCCCUAGCACAUCCAACGAGGCUGCAAAUGAUGAAUUUUUCGAGGCAGUCGCUCCACCACAGCACCAAGCGGUCGCACACGUUGACAGAUUCGAAAAAUUGGAACUGCCACCAUUCUGGAGCAAACAAGUACAACUAUGGUUUGCAGCAAUAGAGGCGCAGUUUCAACUACGAAGAUUAACUUCCGACUUAACUAAAUACCAAGCAGUAGUUGCGCGUGUCUACCAAGAAACGCUUAUCGUCGUGGAACAUGUCAUCCUUAAUCCACCUGAAACCGAUAAGUAUCUCACAAUUAAAGAAGUCCUGGUAAACCACUUCUCCAUUUCGCAGGAACGUCGUCUAAAAAAACUGCUUUCGGGUGUAGAGUUAGGCGAUCGACGCCCGUCUGAGCUCCUCGCCGAAAUCAAACGACUGGGCGGUAGUCAGCUCGACGCAACAUUCGCUCGAACCAUUUGGUUCGAUCGUCUACCGCAAUAUGUGCAAGUAGCACUAACAACCUCGGGCAAACUAGACAAUGACAAACUCGCCGUGCUAGCCAAUAAGAUUGUUGAGAUCCAACGAGACUCUGAGAACAGAUUCCUGAUGCCAAUCGUUAACACUUCCGAUAGCUCGAUGCAGAGAGAGCUCGACGAUUUAUCCAAGCAGCUAGGAAAUUUGGCCAAGAAACUAAAUCAAAUAAUUCCCAACGACGAACCUGCAAGACGUCAACUGCCCCGCAACACAGCGCCAACAUAUUCGGGCACUGAACGCUCGGCCCCAUCCUCAGUCUGUUACUAUCACCGCAUAUUCGGCACGCAGGCCAACAAGUGUACACGCCCGUGCACCUGGGUACAGAACCAGGGAAACAGCAGCAGCCCCCAGUAG